AUGGCAAAGACUUUAGCUCAAGGACGGAAACCUGGUAGCGGUAGAAAACCUGGCAAAGGUAAAACUUUAAAAGAAGGUAGGAAACCUGGAAGUGGUAGAAGAAGGAAAACUAUUGUCACAGAACAGCAGGAUGGGGAUCACAAUCUUGAAAAUAUCAAUAUUGCACAUACACACAUGAAUACAAUUACAAAUACACAAAUACAAACUCCAUUGCAAUCACAUGUCCCUCUUACGUUACUAUCACCAUCAUCUAUACCAACAUUACCAUUGGCGCCAUUAUCUCCUCCAAAGGAUAAUUUUGAAAUGAAACUUACUGCAAGAGAUUUGGAAACAGUAGAUGCCCUAAGGGGUCUCAUACAAAGUAGUAAUGGAUUUAGAAAUUCCAUAUCUUUACCACCAAUAUCUAUGGACAACAAUGGGUUUAACAAUGACAAUAACAACCAUAAUGUUGAACUUCAUGUGAUGCAUGAUCAUAUAAUUACUAGGCCCAAGAGUGUAAUACCAUUUAUUUCAGAUCAUAAUAGUAAUAAUAAUAAUAAUAAUAAUAAUGAACAAUACCAAGAUCAAAAUCAUUUGCUGUAUCCUCAAACGCAUUUCCAUACUUCAAUGGAGGCUUUCAAAGCUAGCCGAAGGACAAGUAUUAACCUUAUAAAAACACCUAGUGAAAGUUAUAAUAAUAGCAUUCAUAAUAAUAACAAUGAUAAUACCCAGACUAAUAAUGAGAACACAAGAAUGGUAAUGCUACGAAAUACCUCAUCGGUAAAUCAAACAGACAAUAAUCAUAUUACAGUGAAACAAACGGUCAAUGUUUCCACAGGUAACAAUAAAUCAUCAUAUCAUGUGACCACAACAAUCUAG